AUGCAGCUACGUUCAGGAUCCGGCCUAGGCGGUGAAGUAGAAGGUGAGCCGCAGUCACCAGCCACAACCACCACCGCCACACCCCCCAUCAACGCGGAAGGAGACAAACACUCUGGCUCACAGUGUACCGUCUCACCAGAAGAAGACUCUUUUCCUGUGACAAGUGACGUGAAGGCUGGGGUGGUAGGAGCCAGCAAAAAGAAGAAGAAAAAGAAGGGCCAAAAAUCAAAGAAAAAUAAACGGUCAAAGGCAGUUCCCGAAGUCGACGAGCCUCAGCCAGCUGCUGCUGUCCCCACCAAUCAACAACAUCACAGUUACAACCUUCGACUGAGCGCCAGCAUAGUCGACCUUGACCAAGUCUCCAAGUGGAAGGCUCUUCGACGUGAAAAUACAAACGCACGCGAAGAAUCAGCCUCCAGUUCCCAGACAGAACCAGCUCAGUCAUUCAUCAUGUCUCGCAACCGUCCUCGUGGCCCCCCUACUAACAGGGACAAUGGUAUUGCUGCUAACGAGGAGAUCGAUAUGUGGAACAAGAUCAUCCAAGACAUUCGCAAGGCCAAGGAGAAGAAUGACAAACAGAAGGUCAUCGCUGAACAGAUCUCUGCACUCAAUGAGAAGAUUGCUCGCGAGGGCAACAAACCAACACUUGCCGAUAUCAAUCAGCUCGACGGCUGGUACCGCCAAGUUUUGAAGCUCAGCGAAGAGGAAAAGGCUAUUCUUCUCGAAGAGCCUAGCGAUGUGAUCAAAAAUUUGGGCUUGCUGACUGCUCUCCGCUCCGCAUCGGAAGCAGAGACUUCCAUCAGUCGAGCAACCUCUCUUCCCAAGUCUAGUAAGCAAAGCUUUGCGCGUGAUGGUACUGCCGGCCAUGCAGCCACAGCAUCUAAUUCAGCUCUGUUGCCAGACAAACUCAAUCGAGUCAAGGGAAGCACUCAGCGUAGCUCCAGCGUGUCGAGCUCUGGUCAUGCCAAGGAAGGUCGCGACUCUGUUUCUGUCAAGCUGGAGGAUGUCGCUGAGGGAGCUGCUAAGGGAACCAUUGCAGAACGUAGUGGUCAACUCGUCAUCGGAGCCGAGGUGGUUUACAAACACAACAAGAAACAGGGUGCCGAAGGCGAGGGGAUCCAGUGCAUCAUCAAGAGCAUCUACGGGGAUGGCUACAAGAAGAAAUACGAUGUCCAAGACCCAGAGCCCAACGAGAAUGGUGAAGAAGGAGCCAUUUACAAGACUACAGCCGCAUGGUUGAUCCCCAUUCCUCAGAUUGGCUCUACUUUGCCUUCAUUCCCGGUCGGAAAACAGGUCCUUGCUCGCUACCCCGAUACUACUACUUUCUAUCGUGCCGAAGUCAUGGGUACCAAGAAGGAUGUGUAUCGUCUCAAAUUUGAAGGCGAGGAGGACGACAAGGAGAUGGAGGUGGACCGACGCUUCGUCCUUGACAUUCCUUCCAAGUAG